AUGGGAAAUUCUUUAUGCUGCCAAGAUGUAGGGCGUUUUGUUGAAGCUAAUAAUGAUAUCGUAAUUUACAAAGGAAGCGACUUAAGAGACAUAUAUGCUUUGUAUCAUCAAAGAAUGAAUGAUGAAACAAGAGUUCUAUAUAAACAAGUAAUUCGAGGAAAUGCAGAUGCAAUAGAAAGAAUUCAAAUUAUAUCCGCUGACUUAGAUGACCCAGAAUCUCGAUUUUUAGGCUUUAUAUUAGCAGAAUUAUUUAAUUUACAAAAGUUAAUUUUGAAAGAAAACAAACUCAGCUUUAAUGGGCUUAUGAAUAUUACAGUUGGUCUAGAAAAUUGCUAUGAGCUAAAAGUUCUUGUGAUUUCUAGUAAUCGAAUAGGAAAAGAUGAACUAAAAGUGCUCUGCGAGUCUAUUUCUUCACUAAAAAAACUUGAAAAAAUAGAGUUAGCAGACAAUGAUCUUAAUGAUGAAGACAUGAAUAUACUUAUGAAGACUCUGAGUGAUUUUUCAGCUUUGAAGAGCCUUGAUAUCCAUAAAAAUAAUAUCAGCUAUCGAGGAUUAUAUCCACUUGCAUCUGUUUUAAAGAAUCUCUCUGCUUUUGAAGAGCUUUCAUUAUCUGCAAACGAUCUAACACAUGACGAAAUAGGAAAAAUUACUACUUUAAUACCCAAGAUCAAUAUAAUUAAUACUUAG